GUGUGUGGAGAGAAGAGGGAAGAGGAGCAGGUGAGGGCUGCUGGGUGUCUGUGCGGGGAGAAGCUGGGGGCGGCGGCUGAGCUCCUCGUCUGCAAAGGGGCGGCUGCCUUAACCCCCACCCCACACCCAAUCCCGUGCCCGGUAACUCUCCUUCCUUUGAGUCCCCCCACCAAGUUGUUUAUUCGCGUCGCUUCAGGCUGGAUCCAUGGAAGUUGGCGGUUAGAGGAGUCCCAGCGCCCCCACUGGAUAAGUAUUAAAAUAAUGGAGCCCAAAGAAUCACUAAAAUCCUCAGGAGGGGAAGAAGCAGGGAAAAGUGCUCACUUCCGUGACAAAGGAGGAAUUGUAAUUGAUUUUCAUCCAUCCUUUAGGGGUGGCGCUACUGUCAAGAGUUCUGCAUCUACAUCUCCCGUGCCUGCCUCUUCUCAGACUGACUCCAAGCAGCAACCUGUUCCGUGUGACUUGUCAAAGGGAUUAGGAAGUAAUGUGCCGCAGCCAGAUCUCUCCAAAGCAGUGUCACUCUCAAUGGGAUUGUAUAUGGGCGAGACAGAUGCAAAAGUGAUGGGAAACGAACUUGGAUUUCCUCAGCAGGGCCAAAUCAGUCUCUCUUCUGGGGAGACAGAUUUUAGGCUCCUUGAAGAAAGCAUUGCAAGCUUGAAUAAGUCCUCUAGCCUGGCAGAAGGCUCGAAGGGUACUGUGUCUGUCGAUGUUCCCUUAGAACCAGGUUUCUCAAGCAUGGCUAGUCGUGAUCUUAGUUUAGAUCAAGGGGCUUUAGCACAAGGCCAGGUUGGUACUAAUGGUGGCAACUUGAAGCUGUUUCCUGAUGACCAAAGCACCUUUGAUAUUUUGCAAGAUUUUGAUUUGCCACCAGUGUCUCCAGGAAAGGAAACAAAUGGGAGCCCUUGGAGAAUGGACCCCAUACUGGAUGAAAAUAGCUUGCUUUCACCUCUUGGUGGAGAUGAGGGUUUUCUCCUGGAAGGAAAUGAAAUGGAGGACUGCAAACCUCCCAUUUUACCAGACACUAAGCCGAAAAUUAACGAGUGUGGGGAUCUUUUGCCCAGUUCCACAAUGCAAAUGCCACAAGUGAAGACUGAGAAGGAAGAUUUUAUUGAACUGUGCACCCCUGGGGUAAUAAAGCAGGAGAAAAUAGGCACAGUUUAUUGUCAGGCUAAUUUCUCUGGGUCAAGUAUGCGUGGAAAUAAAACAUCUGCUAUUUCUAUUCAUGGUGUCAGCACUUCUGGAGGACAAAUCUACCACUAUGACUUGAACACGGCAUCUGUCACUCAACAGCAGGAUCAGAAACCAGUUUUCAAUGCCAUUCCAUCUCAUCCUGCUGGUUCAGAAAAUUGGAAUAGGUGCCAGGGCUCUGGGGAUGAUGCCCUUACACCAAUGGGGGCUUUGAAUUUUUCUGGUAGAUCUGUCUUCUCUAAUGGGUAUACAAGCCCUGGAAUGAGAUCUGAUGUAAGCACUUCACCAUCUACCUCUUCAGCAACUACGGGACCACCUCCCAAGCUCUGCCUUGUUUGCUCAGAUGAGGCUUCUGGGUGUCAUUAUGGUGUCCUAACUUGUGGCAGCUGCAAAGUAUUCUUCAAAAGAGCUGUGGAAGGGCAGCACAAUUAUCUCUGUGCUGGAAGAAAUGAUUGUAUUAUUGACAAAAUUCGGAGAAAAAACUGCCCAGCUUGCCGCUACCGGAAAUGUCUUCAAGCAGGCAUGAACUUAGAAGCCCGAAAGACAAAGAAGAAAAUAAAAGGAAUUCAGCAAUCCAGCAUGACUGCAGGGAGGGACAGUACUGAAAAUCCUGUAAACAAGGCAAUAGUUCCUGCCUCCUUGCCACAGCUAACUCCUACCCUGGUUUCCCUACUGGAAGUUAUUGAGCCAGAAGUCUUGUUUUCAGGCUAUGACAGUACAAUACCAGACACAACUUGGCGUAUAAUGUCAACUCUCAAUAUGCUGGGAGGAAGGCAAGUGGUAGCUGCAGUGAAAUGGGCAAAGGCAAUACCAGGUUUCAGAAACUUGCAUCUGGAUGACCAAAUGACCCUUCUGCAGUAUUCGUGGAUGUUUCUGAUGUCUUUUGCUUUAGGAUGGAGAUCAUAUAAACAGUCUAAUGGGAGCCUGCUGUGUUUUGCACCAGAUUUGAUAAUUAAUGAGCAGAGAAUGAAUUUACCUUGUAUGUAUGAACAAUGCAAACGUUUGCUGAUGGUUACUAAUGAGUUCGCACGGCUUCAAGUUUCAUACGAAGAAUACCUCUGCAUGAAAACUUUGCUGCUUCUCUCUACAAUUCCCAAGGAAGGCUUGAAGAGUCAGGCCCUGUUCGAUGAAAUUCGUAUGACCUACAUCAAAGAGUUGGGGAAAGCCAUAGUGAAGAGAGAAGGGAACUCGAGUCAGAACUGGCAGCGAUUUUAUCAACUGACGAAACUUUUGGACUCCAUGCACGAUGUGGUUGAGAAUCUUCUAAGUUUUUGCUUCCAAACGUUUUUGGAUAAAUCCAUGAGUAUUGAGUUUCCAGAAAUGUUGGCAGAAAUCAUCAGCAAUCAAUUACCAAAAUAUUCAAAUGGGAAUAUCAAGAAACUCUUAUUUCAUCAGAAGUGACUGCCUUAAUACAGAAAGAUUGCCUUAAGGAAAAAAAUCAAAUUAUAGCUUCUUUUUUAUAAACUAAAAGACUUGUUAAUUUUGUCCUUGCAUCUAUAUUGGGUGUUCUUGUUUUUGUUUUGUAAUUAUGCACUACAUGUGGUUUACAGAGGGCCAAGACCUAGGUUUCAAAAGCAGAUGCCUCAAACUGACUGAUUACAGGAAGAAGGAAAGGAAAGAAACAUGGCUUGGGAUUUUUCCUCCACAUAUACCAUCAUACUGGCAGUAUAAGACGCACCAAAAGCAGCGGUGUGAAGUUCAGGAUCUACAUUGUCAACAUUCUGCUAGGAAUUUCUACAGUUGGCUGAAUAAAAUAUUCUAGGUUUUUGUUUUGGUAUAGAUUUUUUGUAUAGUUAAAGUAGCAUUUUUGAUUUAUGCAUGUAACAUGAAGAAAGUUUACAACUGUAUAUCAGAAAAGGGAAGUUGUGCCUUUUAUAGCUAUUACUGUCUGGUUUUAGCAAUUUCCUUUAACUUUAUAUACAGUGAACUAAGCUUGCUCAUUUUUUCUUACAUAAUUUUUGUAAAACUUCAAGAUGCCUAUUGUACAGCUGUUUUUUAAAGUGGGGCAGCUCAUAGCUUAAUGACCUCUAGAUAUUAAUCUUUUAAGUAUAUUCAUGUGAAUAUAGGUUGGCUUUUCUAUUCUGAUCAAGACUGUCAUAGUAACCCUUCUAAAUUUGUCCUAUAAAUUUAGCCUUCUUCAAGGAACAUAGGGGAUUGAGAUGUAUUCCAAAUCUAACCUGAACACUGGAAAUGCAUAAUUUUGAUAUUGGUCAAAUUUGUUAUUUGAGCUACUGGAAAAAUAGCUCUGUCUUAAACAGUUGUGUAUGAACACAAACUUUAAAAAGAAGCAGCCUAGAUAAAUAUUUGCAUAUAAUGCAAUAGCCAUAAUUGUAAGGAUCUUGGGCUGGAUUGACAGUAAAAAGAUCAAUCUAGACUGCCCAUCAGGAAAUCUUCAGGAAAAUAUGCAUUAUUGUUUAAAAGUUUACUUCUUUAUGGAGAAAUUAACUUUUUUCCAUACUCAGUUUAUUGCCAUAUGUGUGUACUUUGUGUAUAUCAGUGUAUAUUAUAUAUACAGUGGCCACAAUCCAGAGCAGCUGUAAGGUGCAGAACAAAAUUGAUGUGCAGAUAAAUUGGCAUGUCUACUGUUCUCCUUGGACUUAACUGAGAAGCAGCAAAACCUGUGCUUUUUUUAAAAAAAAAAUUAGGAGAACAAUAUUUGUAAUGAAUUCAUAUUUUUCACCAAAAAAGUGCAAAGUUGCCUCUAUCGGGUUCUCAGAACUGUUGAAUUACAGCCAUUGGCCCCAUUCCAAAAAAAGUCUUCUCCCUUCCACCCAAGCUGUGAUCAGUACUGCUAGUUCUGAUAAUCGGUGAGGAAGGCAGGGCAUGGAUACAAGGACUGAUUUAGAGCUGAUAGUGCUGUUCAUCUCGUGGGCAGUGCACGUCCAGUGCAGAAGUCCUCUGCGUCCUGAACACCAGGGCCUACCCUCAUGGCAGCUUUUUGCACUCCUAGUAAAGCAGAUCGAUAAGCAGAAAGAAGCCAGUUUCCGCUUGCAGAUCACUCACUGGACUGAGGCAAACGUGUACAACCCUGACUUGAUUUUAAGAUGAUGGAUAAAUUUCUAUUGACUUUCACAGUCAACAGUCAGGAACUAUAUUUACACGUAUACAUACUUUACAUAUAAAUACAUACAUGCAAAUAACAUUGAUUUACAAAAUAGUUGCAAUUAUGCCCAAUAUAUAUAAUGUUUAUAAGGUUUCUUAAAAGAUUUUACUUCAAAUAAGAUUUUUACCUUUAUGCGAAGAAGAAAAUAGACCAAACUACAAGAAGAAGAAGAAAACUUGUGGAAAAUAAAAAAAAAAUCCCAAACCUGUAUAUGGUUACGCACCCAUUUUCACUUUGUCACCCAAAUGAACCUACCUUGUUUCCUGGAAAACAUGAAGUUUCCGCUACUGAUUUUGUGACUUAGAGUAGGACUUAAUCUCUGUACAGCUCCAACCCUUCUGUAUCAAACUACUAGUGUGCCAUAAAACAACCAUAUAUGUCUUGUGAAUUUUUCCUUGUCAUUUUUUUUCUAUUUUAAACAAUUUGUAAGCUGUAGUAGCCCAUCCUCUGAGCACUUUAGGAAUUUUCAGAAAAUUUAAAAUGCUACGCCACUCUAAAGAAAGAAGACAAAGACUUUUGCUCUAAGUGGCCUAAAUGUUUCUGUAAAAGAAUAAUUAUAAUAAUGGGGUUUAAUAACCUAACAGGAGUUAUCAAUCAAAAUUUGAUAUGAAGCUACUAAUAUAUUUUUGUUUAAUUAUACUUUCAGAUAUAUAUAUAAUUUGGUAGUGUUGGUUGAAGAAAAGAAAGGAAGAGCUACUACAGCUUUAAAAGCAGUUAAUCAAAUUAUUGUAAAAUAGCUUGUAUAGUGUAUCAUAAGAAUGGUUUUUAGAUGACAGAUUGCUUUAUCAUGACACGUGAUAUAUUUUUUCUAGGGGUCACAAAUGUGUUUGAAUGGUAACCCAUACAAAUUGUGGUUUGUCUGGAAGUAUUAAUCCUGGCAGCAUUGUACUGAAGUAUCUCAAGAGGUACUCUAGUUUUAUUAUGUGUGCUUCUGUUGUUGUUGUUUCCCCCCUUUUUUCCAUUUCUUUUCUUUCCUUUUUUUAUUUUUAAAGGAACUUGUCCAUAUUCAGGGGGAGUUCCUGGGGCUGAAACCUAAAUCCGUUAUACUGCUGGAAGAAAAAGCAUGGGCUGGGAAUGGAAUGUAAUGAUCCAGCCUGUGUCCUUGGUCCCCUCACAUUCCAAGACUACGCCUGCAGCAGCUGUGCAGGUAUAUUUGACCCCUAUUGCAGAUAACAUAAACUGAAGUAGUGUGUUCAUGUACGCAUUUGCCUAUAUGUUCACACCACUGAAUAUCUGGGGUUACUUUCAUGUGUAACCUCGCAGAGCACAGCAAAACAGCUAGACAAAUUUGGCAAUAAAAUGCAUACAGGUACCAGCAAUAUGUAAAUAAUAGAACAUAGUUUGGUCACAGUCUACUAAAUACAUUUCUAAUUAUUCAACAAAAAUGUUCCUGGUAAAAUAGUAAUUUUACCUGAGCAGUUUUGUCUUUCCUUAAUUCUCUUUUUAAAUGUUAGGCUUAUAAAUGAAACCCCCUAGCUGUUAGAGUCAAUACUUGGGAGUAAAGUAUCACAUUUAAUAACAGUAACCAUUCUUUGUGGUUUCUGUGCAGUCCCUCAAUUGGGUGUUGCACCUAUGCCCAAGCAUCAUGGGGAACCUCUAGGCCUAGUCAAGGAGCUGGCACUCCUGCACUUCCUUUUAGCCAGAAGCAAGCCUCAUUUUGUAUGCUGGGGCGGGGGGGGGGGGGGAGUGGAUAGGAUGAACACCUUCCUCACACAGUGCUCUUGUGACUGCUGCACAGCAGCAUCACUCAGAAUGUUCUGCAUGAGUUUCUCUCUAUGAGCUUUUUCUGUAACAGUGCCAGCUUCCUGACUAGUGUUCUAGAUGGUUCUGAAGAUGUUCUGCCCAGGCAUAGAACACAAUUGUUUUAUUGCACAGAUGAUCACGCAAAGAACACCCACAAACAGGUAAGCAACCUGUCUUUCUUACUGAAUAAGCUCUUUAUGUAUGUUUAACAGUUUAACUAAGCUUCAGAGACUAUUUUAAUGGUAGUUUGCAAACAAUUGGGAUGAAAAUGUGUAUUCUGCCUGUUUUUAGCAGACUCAACAGACUCAAGUAAUUGGUAUCAAAAAGGCUCCUGUAUAGUAAAGCAUGGGGGAAAUUUGGAAAGUUACACUUGGGAAGUGAUGUGUAUUGAACAUUUUCAUCCCUGAUACCAAGUUUAAGAAAGCUAGCAGUGUGUGCAUUGACAAAUUUUCUGUGGUUGUUUACCAACACAACUGAGGUACACAGAAAUCAAUACUAUGACUACAUGCAAACAAGUACUUUAGUGGUGGGAAAGAGGCUCUAAUUAUUUUGAUUUCAUGUAUUUGUUCAGUUUAUGGACUUUGGGUUCACUUUUUAAAAAAUGCAAUUGUUGAUUCUGGAAAAGAACUUUCAGUUAAAUGUGUUGUUAAGGUUUUAAACACAAGCCAUUUAAAGUACAUAAGCAUUCAACAAAACAUGUGUUUCUUGUCUGGCUAGUUUUUUCAUGCUGGGGGAAUUUCAAAUAAAGCAGGGAAAAUUCUGACUUCUGUCUCUUCAGUGCCUUGCCAUAUCAUACUGACAUGGAAAUGAUUUGGAUACCCCCAGAUAUGCAUGCUGUAUGUUAGAAUUGCAUAUGGAAAGUAAUAGGAAUGGUCUUUCACAGGAUAUGUUAGAGCAUGCAGUUGGAGAGAGAAUUUUUUAUAGCUCUUGCAUCAGUAAAGCAAAGGAUGAGAGCCUUAGGCUAUAAAUCUGAGCAUAUUUAUUUUGAAGUAAACCUAUGUGGGACUGACUUCCAAAUAAAUGUGUUUAGGAUUAGUUUGCCAAUCUUGCCAACCAAAUUAAACCAAAAAUGCAACUCUGAAUUAUCUUGAAAACGGCAGAGAAGUACAACGUGCGCACAAGGGUGGGAACAAGUGCCAACUACCUUUUAAAAUGCAGCCUCUUCGCUUUUUCAACAUAGCUACGUAUUAGGAACAGAGGAGGAAAGAAGGCAGUUGGUAGAGAAAUCAUGACUAAGAUUAGUCCUGUUCACCAUCCUCCUUAUACACGCAUGUAAGACUUGAGUGAUUGCAAAUAUGUAGGAGCACCAGGAUCAUAAGGGUAACCCAUCUUUUCGUUCAAUAUGCAGAAAGUUGAUGGGACCUUAAUUCUAAAUGGUGGUGUGUGCUGUGAUACUGAUUGCGCAAAGAACUUAACCCUCCUACACUUGCAAACAAACAAAAAAAACCACCUUUGAUCAGAUAUUAUGGUCAUGUCGACCCCUCCUCCCACCCCACCCCCAAUUUAGUUAGGUGUCAGAUAUCAUUCCGUUUUACAAAAAAACAAAAUUGUAUUAAAGGUUUUAUACAGGGAUACAAUGACACAGGGAUGGUAUCUGGAGGUCCCUACAGGAGACUUGGGAGUUGGAGGGGGAAAUAUACUUUCCUCUCAAAUUUGAGGACUGGAUCCAAAGGUACCUUUUUUUUUUUCUGCAGAAGGUGUGUCCUGUUCACAGCAGUUUGUUACACCUUGUGCCAAAGGAAAUGAAACUAAAUCCAAAGAUGUUCUUCUGUUUGCACAAACAGAAGCCUGAAAACUGCUAUGGAAUCUACCCAUUAUCUACUGCAUAAAUCCAUCCCUUAGUGCUUGUGUAAGCGUUUGCAAAGCUGCAUUACUGGCUAUUUUCAUUCCACUCUCAAUUAUUAAGAUGCAACCCCAAAAGUAGAAAUACGUUUUUUGGUCUUUUUAAAAAGCAAUCUCCUUAUCUUUACUGCUGCAUUAGCAUAAACUAGCUAUUCCAGGUCUUCAUCAUGCUGGGGUUUUCAUCAUUUAUACCCCCAUUCCACUUCAAUAAAAUCCUUUAAAAAUAACACGCACAGAAACGUGGGCGUUGAAACACCACAGAACAACAGACCACAAUUAGUUCAGAAAAAUACAUGGGUGAUAAAAUAACACGGGGCGGGGGGACAUUUUACACAUUCUUAAUGGCCCCUUUUGAUCAGUUAUGGCCCCAGAGUGUAGGAGGGUUAAGACGAAUACUUCUGAGAAGGGGUGUUGAGGCCCUGGGGUUUGAGCCACUUUGCUGAAGUAUUUCUUAGAAAGGGACCAGAGUCUCCAACCUCUUUCAGAACAACUUCACGCCACCCGACCCAUCUUCGAAUGAAUUGGAUUGUCACCCUUAAUGUACUCACAUUUUCAUGCUACUGCUGUUAUAGAGGAACAAUACUUUCAGGCAAGGAAUAGAGCCUCAUGUUAUUGGAAAACAUUGCAGGGCCUUUUUUGGAAGCCUUUUGUUUUCUAGUAAAAGACAGUGUAUAUGAAAAUAGCCACCUCCUGUCCUUAUCCACCCCAUCCCACGCAACAGGCUUAAUAGCACGGAUUCAAUAGUGUGUCAACAUUCUAUUUUGUAUAUUCUACAAAAGAUAUAUAAUGGGGACAAAAACUAUAUUAUGCUGGUGUAUGGCAUUAUUAAAAAGCUUUUUCAUUAUUUUUAUCACGGUAAUUUUAAACAGUGUAAAAAUUAAAACAAGUGACUCCUGUUUAAAAAUAACAAGUUGUAGUUUUUUUUAUUCAUGCCGAAUAACUCUGUAGUAACAAUGUCUUUCCACCUACUCAGUGAAAUGUUGGACUGUAAAAUUGUGUGGAACUGUUGAGCAUUUAUUUUUUAUUUUAAAUUUUGCUGUUCUAGUAAAUUCAAAGCCACACGUCUGUACAGAAGUUGCAGUAAAUGUAAGCCAUUUACAGCAAUGCUGAAUAAUGGACAAAAUGACAUAAUAAAAACCUGCUUUUUCAUUACAUGUUCAAA